AUGCUGCUGCUGCUGCAGCAGCAGCUGCUGCUGCUGUUGCUGCUGCUGCAGCUGCUGCUGCUGCAGCUGAGCGCAUGCAGCGGGAAGCAUAUUUACGGGCCCCCCUUGGGGUUUGUUGGGGGCCCUCUUAUCAGCAGCAGCAGCAGCAGCAGCAGCAGCAGCAGCAGCAGCAGCAGCAGCAGCAGAUAUCUCCGCGUCCCUCCCCACCCCAUCCUCAACCCCCUCUCCCCCCCACCACCAAGAGCAGCAGCAGCAGCAGCAGCAGCAGCAGCAGCUGCAGCAAGAACAACAUCAGCAGCAAUAGAAGCAGCAGAAAGACAGCAGCCGCUGCUGCGGGUAGGCAGCAGAUGGUCCCCGCUAGCCCUCGUACAAACAAAGCAGCUGCUGCAGCAGCUGGCGUUUGCUGCUGCUGAUAGAUAUCCUGCUGCAGCUGCUGCAUUCAUAGAAGAGCAGCAGCAGCAGCAGCAGCAGCAGCAGCAGGAGUUGCUGCUGCAGCAGCAGCAACGAGAGCAGCAAGGAGACAGAUGUAGUAUACUACUAUCAACAGCAGCAGCAGGAGCUCUAUCUGCUGCUGCUGCUGCUGCACUGCAGCAGCGGCUGCGCUACGGGGAGAUAGAGAUAAUACCCUACCAGACAGCAGCAGACAAGCAGCAGCAGCAGCAGCUGCUGCUGCUGGGGGGUAAGGGUUUAUUCAGUAAGGAGUUAGAUGCUGCGCUGCUGCAGCAGCAUAUACAUGUUGCUGUUCAUUCACUCAAAGACAUCAGCACUCUGCUGCUGCCGCGCAUGCAUCUUGCUGCUGUGCUGCAGCGGGAAGCAGCAGCAGAUAUGCUGCUCUUUCCAGCAGCAAAAAUACACAAAAUACAACCACUCCUUGAUGCUGUUGCUGCUGCUGCUGCUGCUGCUGCUGCUCCUGCUCCUGCUGCUGCUGCUGCUGCAGAUGGGGAUGGGGUGCAUGCAUGCAGCACGGGGAGAUAUAUCACCGUCACAGAAACCAAACGCAGCAGCAGCAGCAGCAACAGCAGCAGCAGCAGCAGCAGCAGCAGCAGCAGUGAUGAUGAGAUUGUGGUUGGUAGCUCUUCGCUUAGGCGGCAGGCUUUGCUGCAGUACAUUGCGGGCGGCACCCCAGCAGCAGCAGCAGCACCAGCAGCACCAGCAGCAGCAGCAGCAGCAGCAGCAGCAACAGCAGCAGCAGCAGCAGCAAAGGUGCGCUGCGUGCUGCUGCGUGGUAACGUACAGACAAGACUGAGGAAGCUGCGAGAGGGAGCAGCAGACGCCACGCUGCUUGCUGCUGCUGGGCUGCGUCGUCUCUCUCUGCUGCUGCAGCAGCAGCAGCAGCAGCAGCAGCAGCAGCAGCGGGCCCAACCAGCAGCAGCAGCAGCAGCAGCAGCAGCAGCAGGGUUGAGAGUGAUGCGGCUAGCUAGCCCAUAUGAAGACAUUGCUGCUGUUUCUUUGCCUGUCUGCUGCUUCGUUCCUGCUGCAGCACAAGGUAUUGUUGCUGCUGUUUGUCUUGCUGCUGACAGCAGCACGAGAGAGCUGCUGCAGCAGAUCAACGAUCCAGCAGCAGCAACUGCAGCAGCAGCAGAAAGAGCAUUCCUGCAGCAGCUAGAAGGAAGCUGCAGGACCCCUCUCGGCGCCAUCGCUCUGCUGCAGCAGCAGCAGCAGCAGCAGCAGCAGCAGCAACAGCAACAGCAGCAGCAGCAGCAGCAGAAGCAACAGCAGCAGCAGCAGCAGCAGAAGCAACAGCAGCAGCAGCAGCAGCAGCAGCAGCAGCAGGGGCUGGAGUUUCGGGGUUUUGUGGGUACACCUGACGGGAGCCACAUGUUUCAUGUUGCUGCUGCUGCUGCUGCUGUGCAUACACCCCAAGAAGCAGCAGAACUAGGAGCAGCAGCAGCAGCAAAAAUAAAAACAGCAGCAGGAGACAAAUUUAUUAGUGGUGUCAUUGAGAAAGUGCAACAGGGAUGGGGCGCAAUUAAACCCUAA